CGUCAUUGUCGCUUGGUGUUUUUUAUGAAUGAAAGAAUCCAACCUCAGAGCGCAGCAGAGUAAUUCCGGGAAAAGGCGGACUGACAUUUUGUCGCCACAGUCGCGUCGAACCAGCAGUGUCUAUAUUUGUCUGAACUGGUGCUUGGGGGAAGCUGACGACAAUUGGAUCAUGACGACAGAAAGGAACAGCAAAGCCCUGAAGGUAAAGCAGGAGUGUGGAGAGAAUGUACCCUUCCUGUCAGACAGCGAGCUCAUGUCCCUCUCUGUGCGGGAGUUAAAUCUCCACCUGCGAGGCCUCUCCCGCGAGGAGAUCCAGAAACUAAAGCAGCGCCGUCGGACCUUGAAGAACCGCGGCUAUGCUGCCAGCUGCCGCGUCAAACGCGUUUCCCAGCGAGAGGCCCUGGAGCAGCAGAAAAUGGAGCUCCAGAGAGAGGUGGAGCGACUUGGAGCGGAGAACGCCGGCAUGAGGAAGGAGCUGGAGGGGCUGGGCGCACGUCUGGCCGCCCUCCAGAGGUUCGCCAGGGGUCUGGAGGCCGGAGGAGGAAGCCUGCUGGCCACAGCUCCACGUCUUAACACCGCCUCUGUCAUCACCAUCGUCAAGAGUCCACAGCAGCCUCAGCAACAGAGAGAGCAGGAGCCUUCAUAGAAGAGCCGCCAGAACUAGACAAGGGUGGGGGGUGGGGGGGUCAGGUUGUCUUUAAUGCAAACACAGACGUAGGCAUGGAUUUUGAAAACAAACCACAGACAAAAACAAGAGCAACAAGACUAGAUCAGUAGGAAAAUACUAAACAUGCCGUCUGCACCCUUUUCACAUUAUGUAUGCAGAAGUGAUUUACCUCAGUGCAGCAAGGUGUGUAACGUUGCCUAGCAACAGCAACUUAGAUUUUCUAUACAGGCAGCAGGAGCGGUUGAGAAGUGGCCCGGGACGUGUCCUCUGACUCCUGCAGCAGGGAUGACUGGGAAAAAAAAAGUCCUCCACUGUUUCAGCACGAAUACUUUAGAGCAGAGGGUGAAAGGCAACGAGAACUGAUAGUCAACCAUCUACAAAACAUAAACUCACUGUACCGCAGACAUUAGUCGGCUGGACUUUGUCUGAAGCUGGACUGACCCGGAGUUACUGUACUGUAAAUAAGCCACAUGUGAGGCGGGGGCUUGAUCAGACGUGUGAAACAUCCUCCUUCCUGCUGAAAGCAUCGAUGUUCUGGGCUCGGCCAUGUUCAGGAAGAAUAACAGAUGCAGUAAAAUUAUUAUUUCAACGAAAUUCUCUUCUUCUGUGAGCCAAAAAGGGCCUAAAGGUUAAAUAUGCUGCAGGAAAUGUUGUUGGGCUAACUUUCCCCCACUGUCAUCCUUAUUCUUCACAUGGUCUCAUUAAAACGCAUCAACACAGUGCCUUCAGUGUAUGCAGGAGCUCCAAGAACCCAAACCUGAACAGAAAGAAGGAAAAGCAGAACCUAAUCAUUCCUUCUUUCCUCUUUCACAACCACAACACUUUCAUUAUGAUUGCUGUGGAUUUUCUAGGUUUCCCACCUCCCUCCCCUUAUUUUACAAGCCCUGUUGUGCAGUAACCUGGUUACCGUCUACCGCGGCGUUCAGUUUAUCUGGUAUCUGGUGGGAAUCCGGCUCACGUCAAUGCAAAUCCUCUGAAAACAUUCCAGUUUUGUGUUACUUUUAACGUCCGUAUGUGCUGCAGAGACGAAAAUGUUGAGUGACAUUUUGAAGAGAUAUAUAUUCUAUAUUUUAUUUGUAUUUAAUGGUAGAUAUUAUGAAAAGACAAGCUAACGAGUGCUGUGAUGUUCUUACAUGUUUUUCAAAAGUACUUAUGACUAGUCUGAGAAGAUUCCCAUGUCUAAUUAUUAUUGUGUUGUGCAGCAACAAAGAUUGCAAAAUGUUAAUAAUUAGCUGCGUAGAAAUACUCAAAGCCAACCGCCAUAUUGAUGCAUCAAUAAGUCUCUGUGUGAUUUUUUAUUUUAUUUUAUUUUUUUUGUGUUUAUUGCCAUAUUUGUAACAGCUUGUCACAACCGAUUCCAGAGAGGGACGUUUAUUUUUGUAAGACGAUCUGUUUGUUUAAAAAAGAGAAUUACCAGCUGGAAAGGUGGGAGAGAGAAGGAGACGAGAUGAGGAAAUAACAGGAUGAUGGAAAAUGAAAGUAGAAGCUGAAGGCAGGAAGAGAAAGUGCAGAGAGGGAUUGGUGAUGGUUUCGUUGAAUAGUCGUAGCAAUAUAGAUAUGAGUAAGAAUCGUAACACAACCAUGUUGCAGACUAACUUCUAAAAAGAAACGAGGCGUAUAUUUAGCGAAGUAGGAGGGCCGUUGUGGUAAAGCAUUUAUUCCCGAUAUUUUAACGUUCUUCCAAUCGUGCUGGAUGUUUUGUAAUACCCACAAAACAAAAUGGUAUUUGUAUUUAUUACCUGUAUUUUUUCUAUUGUGAAAAUUUAAGUACAUUGUCUAUUUUAUAUAUUAAUAAUAAAUGUUGUACAUAUUGUACAUAAAAAACAGCUCUU